AUGUAAAGUAUUGUAUAAUUGAGUUGUUAAUAGCAUGGAGGUCAAUAGAUAGUGAUGGUAGAUAUAGGAAAAUCAACUCCAAUUGGAUUAAGAACUCUUUGUUAAUAGUGUUUUGAUGAAAGAAACUAAAAAGAAAAUGUUUUAUUUGUGAAAUCCUUUUAUGAAAAGUUGAAUUAACAAAAAGAUAAGGAAAAUAAUUAGAUUGAGACCAAGAAAUAAGAGUUUAAUAAAAAACUAUCACCUUUAUUUAAGCACCUUCAAGAAGCAUAGAAUAAAUGCAUACAAAUUUUCUAGUAUGCUUAGACUGAAUUUUAAUAGUUAUAAUCAAACAUAGUCUCGACUUUGAAUAAUGUACAAGGGAAAUUAGAGAAAUUGGGAUAAAAUCCUACUAUUUCAUAAUUAUAAGAAUUAGCUGAAAAAAUUGGUAAAGGAGAUCGAUUUAUACCUAUAGAUUUUUCAGUUGAACAUGAAAAAAUAGUAACAAAUAGAUAAUAAAACUCUUUAAUAGAAAUUUCUAAAUCACUAUAGGAAUUAUUUAAAGAGAUAAAAAAUAUAUUUUCUUAUUUUGAUAAUAAAAAUCUAAAUGAUUUUGUUUUAGCUUAUGAGAUUUAGAUUAAUUAAUUAUGUUAAUCUAUAGGAGUUAAUUAUAAAGAUAGAGUGUUAGCAAUUUCUGAAGAUAAAAAUAUUUCUAUUUGGAAUCUUGAUAAUUAUGCGUUUGAUAAAAUAGAUUAAUUGAAGGGACAUCUAGAAAAAGUCACUUGUAUUUAAUUUAGUUUAUAAUAAAAUUGGUUUGUUUCUGGUUCAGAUGAUCAAACAUUAAAGAUAUGGAAGUUGAAUUUAGAUCGUUGGUGUUGUAUAUAAACUUUAGAAGGACAUCAAAAUUACAUUAGUGAUAUAAAAAUAAAUAAUGAAGAAAAUACAAUUAUAUCAUCUAGUUUUGAUUUUAAGAUUAAAAUUUGGUAAUAAAAAGAUCAAAAAAAUUGGUUUUGUUUUUAAACACUUGAUAAUCAUAAAAAUUAUGUUUAUUAUCUAUCAAUAAAUAGAUCUAAUACACUUUUUGCUUCAUCUUCUGGUGAUUUUACAUUAAAAAUAUGGUAAAUAAAAAAUAAAAAAUGGGAAUUAAAUAAAUCUAUUGAAAAGAAAUAAAAUGAGUGGAUUAAAAGAAUUUGUUUUAUAAAUGAUAAUUAAAUAGCUUGUUAAGUUGUUGGAUAACCAAAAAUUAUUAUAAUAUAAAUUAUAGGUAAUAAUGAGGUAUCUUAAAUGUAAGAAAUUUCAUUAAAUGAAAAUGAUGAUGAUUACUCAUAUAAUCCUAUGAUAUAUUUUUAAAAGAAUAAACUGAUAAUUUUUAAAAACAAAAAUAAAAUACUUAUAAUAAAAGAAAAAAAUAAUGGAUUAUUUUAAUUAAUUCAUACAAUUAAUGGAAAUUAUUAAAGUCCUAUUUUAAGUACAACUGGAAAGAGUUUAAUAAUGUUUGAAAAAGAUAAAAAAUAUUUAUAAUUAUUUAAGGGUUAUUGA